UAAAUACGUGUAUUCAAUGAAAAUUAUAAGGUAAUGUUACAGUGUUCUGUAAUUUCACAUAAAGUUUAAACGAGUGUAUUCUUAGUGCGUUAUCCCACAUGGAUAUUUUCGCUUUGAAGUUAUUGACAAUUUUAUUGAUGCUUAUCAAUCUUUUUCACAAUUUUAGAGGAACAAUCAAGGGAAAAAAUGCUGUUGAAAGCGAUAGUCUAAGAGAAAAUUACACGCAAUUCGUAUCGAUAAGUUCAAUAACUUACCGACAUUUCAGAAGUUAACUAAAGAAAAACGUGGGUAGAAUUUUAUUGGCAGAACCUAGAGAAAUUUCUUCUUGUAAUGAUUGCGGCAUAAAUUGAGAGGAAUUCUUCAAAUAAGAGCCAAUUGAGGAACUUCACUUUCCGAAACUGCACCCGCAUUCGAAGCAAAUGAGCCACGGUCUUUCGCCUCUUCGCGAUGGGCGAUUUGGAUGUGCGAAUCGAUCUUAUCGCAGCUUUCACUCGCCGGCUUUGUGAGAAAAUUGUCUAGAAUUGCCAGGGGAAAGGCGUCAGACAUUAUCUCUCGAGUGUCACUUCAAGAGGCCUGAAGAAACGCAGUCUCUCUAUAACCUGCUCCAAAGCGAGCGAUUGUCAGUGACGAAGUGACUAUGCUGGCCAGAGCACUGAAAGAUCUGCCCAAGUUAUCCUCUGAGUGGCGUCCAAAAGUGCUGGUGACGCACUGUGAGAUUCCUCAGGCGGGACUGGACAUUCUGCGGCAAAAAUGCGACGUGAUCCUCACAGAAGGACUGCCACAGCCAAGCCGCGAGGAAGUCCUGAGGCUGUCGAAAGACGUCGAUGGGAUUCUCUGGGCGAAUCAUGAGAAGCUCAAUGCAGAGGCUCUCGAUGCGGCAGGGCCACGAUUGAAAGUCAUCUCCACAAUGUCAGCCGGCAUUGAUUACGUUGACGUCCAGGAAGUGAAGAAGCGCAAGAUCCCGCUCGGCUACACUCCGACGGUCCUGAAUGAUGCUGUGGCUGAUGUGGCAGUGGGCCUGGCCAUAGCAGCGGGACGUCGCUUCCACGAGGGCCAGCUCAAGAUUGCCGCUUCAGAGUGGGAAAGAAGACCCCAAUGGAUGCUUGGAAGAGACAUCAAGGGCUCCACAGUAGGCAUAAUCGGCCUCGGAGGUAUUGGCCGGGCCAUCAUAGAGCGCCUGCAAGGAUUCCGCGUCGGGAAAUAUCUGUACACAGGCCGCAAGCCGAAGCCGGAGGCUGCAAAUCUACCAGUUGCUUUUGUCUCGUUUGAAGAUCUUCUCCGGGAGAGCGAUUACGUCUUCAUCACAUGUCCUCUCACGCCAGAGACAAAGCAUCUCAUCAAUAGAGAUGCCCUGGCCAUGAUGAAGCCCACUGGGAUUCUGGUGAACGUGGCCAGAGGAGAUAUUGUUGAUCAGGAAGCUCUCUUCGAGGCUCUCAAGAACAACCAAAUCUUCGGAGCGGCACUCGAUGUGACUACUCCAGAGCCUCUGCCAGCUGAUCAUCCACUCCUUAAACUCCCGAAUUGCUUCAUAAUCCCACACUUUGGCUCCGCCACCGUACAAUCCCGGAGUGAUAUGGCUGCGGUGGCGGCUCUAAACAUUCUCCAAGGACUCGCAGGAGAGCCCUUGUUCGCACCUGUGUCUUGA